GCAGAAAGACGAAGUGAACAGAGCGGAGAAGAGAAAAGAACGCAAAGCUCUGCAAUUCAAUGAUGACGAUGGUGGCAGCUAUGUCGCUUUGCCCUCUCCGCUUCCAUGUCUUCCCUCAAUACCCUCCCUCUUCUUACGAUCUACGAUGUCGUUCUCCUCUCCGGGGUAGUCACUCACUCCGUUCUCCCUCCAGAAUCCGAGCUAGCUCUUCAGUCGCUAUUGAACCGGAUUCAAGCACUCAUCAAAAAAGUGCUUUGGAACUUGACUUGUUUGCAUGCCCAAUUUGUUAUGAACCACUGAUAAGAAAGGGCCCUCCAGGUCUAAACUUGCCAGCAAUCUACAGAUCUGGUUUCAAGUGUCAACAAUGUAGCAAGGCAUACUCCAGCAAGGAUGUGUAUUUGGAUCUCACUGUUACUUCUGGAGCAAAGAGCUACACUGAAUUCAAACCAAAUAGAACUGAGCUAUUCAGGAGCCCAAUUGUUUCGUUCUUGUAUGAGAGAGGGUGGCGCCAAAAUUUUAAUCGGAGUGGCUUUCCUGGUCCUGAUGAAGAGUUCAAAAUGGCUCAGGAAUACUUCAAACCUGCAGAAGGUGGUCUUCUUGUAGAUGUGAGCUGUGGGAGUGGCUUGUUUUCAAGAAAAUUUGCCAAGUCUGGGACUUACUCUGGAGUUAUUGCAUUGGACUUUUCUGAGAAUAUGCUUCGCCAAUGCUAUGAUUUCAUUAAGAAAGAUGACACUAUUUUAACUUCCAACCUUGCUCUGGUCAGGGCAGAUGUUUCUAGGCUUCCUUUUUCGUCAGGUUCAGUUGAUGCUGUUCAUGCUGGUGCAGCAUUGCAUUGCUGGCCGUCUCCUUCCAAUGCAGUUUCUGAAAUUUGUCGUAUCUUGCGAAGUGGCGGGGUCUUUGUAGGAACUACUUUUCUGUCAAAUGCCUUCAAUAAUUCAUUCUUGAGACCCUACAGACAGACUAUUUUGCAGCUGGAAAACAGCAGCUAUAGCUAUCUGACUGAAAAUGAGAUUGAGGACUUGUGCACAUCCUGUGGUCUUACUAACUAUAGCAGCAAAGUACAGCAAUCCUUCAUUAUGUUUUCUGCGCAGAAGCCUUGAGACAAGAGGCUACACAACAUAAAUAAUCAAAGAACUGAAGCAAGGGUGAACUCCAAUUUUGUUUGGUUAGGGUCUACAUCAGUCAGACCUAAUUCAAUUGAGUCAGAUGUCUGUGUUCUGCUGUCAGGCCAAGCCCAACAAAUUGCAGGGAAGGUGCAAGUUGGGCCAGGCUCGACCCAAAUUCAACUCAUCAACUCAGAUCCUUAAGUUGGUUGUGCUGGGUUAUAAAUAGGACUCCACACAUGUGUGUUACCAGCAUGCUUUGGUCUGGUAAGCUGAGCAAAUACAAUUACAUUGAAAUUUGUAGUAGUUAGAAGACCAUACACAGCCAAAACCUCCUCGUGUUUUUCAUUCUCUUAUAAAUUU